AAGACGUUGUAAUCAACUAGGAGUUGACGAGAAUGAAUCAAAGCAAGGAAGAAGGAAGGCAGCUACCUCGUGUUGGCCUAGCUUGGCGUUCCUCAGAUCCCGUUCAAUCGAUUCCAUAACUUGCCAGGCAUAGCUUUGCCGACACAUCAGUUGAUCGUCUCGCCGAUAGAGGUGGUGCAUGUGCAUCCAGAGACCAAGAGAAGAGAACUGCUAUUUCAUAGUCCAAAUAAAUACUUAUUGCAGUUUCCAGUGAUUGCAAAUGGAUCUCAACGUCCUGGAGCGGAUGUUGCUUGAUGAGAACGCAAAGCCGAUGAACUUGACAUUAUCACUUCUCAAAGAUGUCACAAAUGGUUUCUCUCUUGAUCACCAAAUUGGAAGCGGUGGAUUUGCCGUGGUUUAUAAGGGAACAGUUGGAAAAUUGGGGGUCGCUGUGAAGAAGCUAACCAAAACGCAUUUGCUGCCUGAGAGUAAAUUUCACAAAGAGGUCGAGUGUCUGAUGAAGGCCAGGCAUAGGAAUAUAGUACGUUUUUUAGGAUACUGUGCUGAAACUCAAGGAAAAGCUGAAGACUGCGAGGGAAGAUUUGUCAUGGCAGACAUGCGGAACUGGCUGCUUUGUUUUGAGUAUGUACCUAAUGGGAGUCUCGAAAAGUAUAUCAGUGAUGCAUCGAGUGGACUUGAAUGGAGAGAACGUUUUGGUAUCAUCAAAGGAAUAUGUCAUGGCAUACAUUAUCUACAUAAGAAUCGUAUUCUACACUUGGACCUCAAGCCAGCUAAUAUAUUGCUCGACGAUCACAUGGAACCAAAAAUCGCUGAUUUUGGUUUGUCGAGAUGUCUCGACGAAGAGCAAACCCGUGCUACUACUAAACACCUAUCUGGAACGCCGGGAUAUUUAGCUCCUGAAUUCUUUAAUGGGAAAGUCGCAUUUGCCUCGGACAUAUAUAGUCUUGGCAUUAUAAUUAUGGAGAUACUAACAGGAGCUAAAGGCUACCCCGAAGAUGAGAAUGUGACUGAAAGUUGGAUGAAUCGAUUGGAGGGGGAAUUGCAGUUAGAACAAGUAAGGGUAUGCACUAAGAUUGGGAUAGAGUGCAUGGAAUCAGACCCAAAGAAAAGACCGGUUGCAUUGCGUAUAAUCAAUAUGCUGGAUAAAAUGGCGAGUGCUGAUGAAACUGGCAUGAGUAGUUCGGUAGUUGAGCCGCAGUCAAGUUUACUAUUAGAACAUUCUGCUCAAGAAAAAAUUGGAAAGCUCGCUGAGAGCCUCAGCCAUGAGGAUGGGAAAGAAUACCCUGCAACUGAAGAUGUUGCAGAACGUCUUGGAAAUGAUUAUUCCGAAGAAGACCAAGAAAGUGACAUUUAUUGCUCAUCGUCGUGGGAAUGGCAAGAUACAGAUAGAAAGACUAAGUCUAGUGUGCUGGAGAAGUUGAACAUUUUUAAUAUAUUUAGAAAAGAUGAAGGCAGUAAGUUGAGAGGCCUGACGACUUUCACAAAGGGGGAAAUGAAGAAAAUCACAAGGAAUUAUUCAGCAUUAAUUGGUGAAGGAAGCUCUGGUAAAGUGUACAAAGGAUGUCUUGCUGACUUUACCAUUGUAGCCGUCACAGUCACGGAAAGUAAGUUAAAUAGAUAUUUAAAGGAGGAGUUUCUCAAGGAGGUGGAGAUCUGGGCACAAAUGGUACAUACAAACAUUAUGAAGCUCACCGGUUACUGUGUGGAAACAAAUGUUCUAACGAUGGUGCAUGAGUAUGCUGCUAACGGGAACCUCCAAGAAAUUCUCCAUGGCAACAAAAAUAAAAUGCUCCCUUUAGAUUUGCGUUUGGACAUUGCAAUUGGAUCUGCAGAAGGGUUGAGGUACAUGCAUUCUAGAGACAUGCGACUUGGUGGUGUUAACCCAACUAAAAUAUAUCUUGAUGAAAAUUUAACACCAAAGCUCUCGGAUUUUGAGUUAUUGCCGUUACAUAAUAUGGAUGUAUCUUUCAUCAUUGGCAACACGGACUACAUAGACCCAGAAUACCUGAAAUGUGGUCUUUUAACACAAAAGAGUGAUGUCUACAGCUUCGGAGCGGUUCUCCUGGAACUCAUUACCCGUAAGUUAGUGAAUAGUGACAAUUGUAGCCUCAUCGCCCAGUACUGCAAAAUCAUGGAGAUGGAGAAGAGUGGGAGGAGGGCAAUGUUUGACAAAGAGAUUGCAGUUCUAGAAGAUAUCCCUGUUCUUGAAGAAAUCGGUAAGCUCGCAAUCGAGUGCCUGAGAGAAGAUAUAGAAGAACGUCCUGAUAUGACGGCGGUGACAGAACGACUUGUGAUGAUUAGGCGAGAUAGUGGACUCAGGAAGGCACGCAGCAGAAGCUAGUUGUUGCCAGUUUGAGGUUGCGUGUCUAAGUGAAUUGUAUCUCUGUUAUGUGGCUAAUGUGCUCUUCUCUUUGUAAUUUGUAUGGCACUGCACACGCGUGGAUAACCUGUGAGGUCUGCAAAUCCGAUUAAGCCGAGUUGCAAUCAGGAAUGGGUUUCGACGCCUGACCAUAUCUGUGUGCUCCUUAUCACGACUGACCAUUUACAUGGGCUUGUGGAACA